GCAAGUUUCUGCGCAGCUCACUGCACUGCAAGCUGCCAUUGUCAGAUCUUUAGAACAAGAGCAAGGAGCGAUCGACCGGAGUUGAGAGAGAUGGAGGCCGUUCCUCUGCUGACGCCGUACAAGAUGGGCCAGUUCGAGCUGUCGCACCGGGUGGUGCUUGCGCCGCUGACGAGGCAGCGCUCCUACGGCAACGUGCCGCAGCCGCACGCCGCCGUCUACUACUCGCAGCGCGCCACCAGCGGCGGCCUCAUGAUCACCGAGGCCACGGGCGUCUCCGACACGGCGCAGGGCUACGCCGACACCCCGGGGGUCUGGACGGCGGAGCAGGUGGCCGCGUGGCGGCCCAUCGUGGACGCCGUCCACGCCAGGGGCGCCGUCUUCUUCUGCCAGCUCUGGCACGUCGGCCGCGUCUCCACCACCGCCUUCCAGCCCGGCGGCGCCGCCCCGAUCUCCAGCACCGACCGCGCGGUGCCCCCGCAGAUGAGCUUCGACGGCCAUAUGGAGGAGUUCUCCCCGCCGCGGCGGCUGGAGACGCACGAGAUCCCUGCCGUCGUCGACGACUUCCGCAGAGCCGCGCGCAACGCGAUCGACGCCGGGUUCGACGGCGUCGAGAUCCACGGCGCCAACGGCUACAUCAUCGAGCAGUUCCUCAAGGACGCCGCCAACGACCGGGACGACGAGUACGGCGGGUCCCUGGAGAACCGCUGCCGCUUCGCGCUCGAGGUGGUCCGCGCCGUCGCCGGCGAGGUCGGCGCGGGCCGCGUGGGCGUCCGCCUCUCGCCGUUCACGGACUACAUGGGCUGCCACGACUCCGACCCGGAGGCCCUGGCGGCGCACCUCGUCCGCGAGCUGAGCGCCGCCGGCGUGCUCUACUGCCACAUGAUCGAGCCGCGGAUGGCGCUGGUGGAUGGGCGCCGCCGCAUCCCGCACCGGCUUCGGCCGUACAGGGAGGCGUUCAGGGGCACCUUCAUCGCCGCCGGCGGGUACGACAGGGAGGAGGGGAACAAGGUGGUCGGCGAGGGGUACACGGACCUCGUCUCCUUCGGGCGGCUGUUCCUGGCGAACCCGGACCUGCCCAGGAGGUUCGAGCUCCCCGACGCGCCGCUCAACAAGUACGACCGCACCACCUUCUACACCUCCGACCCCGUCGUCGGAUACACCGACUACCCGUUCCUCGCCGGCGACGUCCAGGCCGCCUGAUCGUUCGUCGUCGUGUUGUCAGUUGUGCUCUGCUCGUCCAUGGUCACCGUCUCGUCGACCACCUUGUACUCUGCUCGAGUGGUUCUGUACGCAUGCUAUAUACGUCAUCUUUCCUAGUGGCAGGAGGUGCAAAAUAAACCAAGUUUGAUCCGUAAUUUUACAACACAUUUGGACUGUCUAACAUGAAUGGCAAAGUAAACUGAGUUUGAUGCUGAUGCUAAAGGUGUGUGUUUGGAAUUUGAAGUUUGAACUAGCAGAGGGAAGAAUAAAGAAACAAAGAAGGCGAUUUUCUGUGA